AUGCACACCAUAGGUGUUCUCGCCUACAUCGCUCUGAUAGCACGUUCGGCUCGUGCGCGUUGCUUUGAAAAUGGCGUCGAACCUCAACAGGUGGCAAACUUUGUGGCCGAUGGCGAUGUAUUCCCUCUGGGCAUCGCCGUGGGCGAUUGGCCAGCUGCCCAUCUGCUAAGUGGCGUGUCGCAAAUCCUUAUCGAGGAGCAGUUAGGUGUUAACGUGACCUUGGCAACAGCGGGAGGAAACACCGUGGAUGGAUUCUACGCCAUGGCAGGGUGCACGACACCAAGCCAGGUCACAGACCGAGGAUGUGGGGCAACGACCACAAGGAUGCAUCUUCAUCUUGAAGCAUGGGUCAGCCUCUACCAAGUAGAGUAUGACCAAAUUCAGAAGGAUUACCCAACAACUGCUCCAACAAGUCUGGGCAGUAUUGGUUAUACGGGCUCAAUGUCAAUGUACCUGCCGAAACGGAUCUUGGACAAUGCCUCAAUUUCAGAAGGCAUACCGCUGGAGUUCUAUCGGGCAUACAAUUCCUCCUGGUACGAGCCGUCACAUUAUUUUGACAACCUCGGCGCAGUAAACCUCUCACAGGUGCGGCGGUGUCGCGAUACGCGCUUUGUGCAGAGCCGCAAUAUGCAGACCUACGUGGAGGUCACCAAUGACAUUGACGGGGUUGAGGACAACGGCGGCUUGCUCAUGGCUCGAUGCCAGGACGGUUAUUUUUGGCGGGCUCCAGCUUGCCGGCACAACGUGGCGCUCUGCGUUCCUGUGCUGACAGGAGGCACCGGUUGGGCCGUUGAGGAAGUCAUGCAGAAAGCUACCUCAUUCAGCAUGCCAUUGGCUCUGGGUGUCGCAGCAACUUCGGAAGAUUACCGCCAAAUUCCACUCCAGGUGCGGAGCCUGUUCAUGUGGUUUAGGCCGGACGACGCCUUUCUGGAUCUCAGCCCUGUGGAGAUCCGAUUUCCCCGAUACGACAGGGCAGCAUGGCUCAGUGGCGACCUUCGCACUGCUCCGGAACAGGUCAAAAUUGAGAAGCUUGUGAGCCAGAACUUGGUAGAUCUUGCUCCAGCGGUCCUCGACCUCAUUCAGAAGAUGAGGUGGAGUGUGGAUGACGUGAAUCACAUGAUGAUGGACAUGAAAACAAGCAAUGAUUCACCCGCCACUGUUGCUUGCCGCUGGUUGACGGCAAACCCUGACAUCUGGUCUUCUUGGCUUGUGGGCGAGACGGCUUGCUUUGCAGGGUUUGGCUUGUUCGAUGCGAGCAGCGGCUAUGUAGCACAUCGAGAUGGCACUGCGGAGCUGGCAUGCAGGCCGUGUGAGAGCGGCAGCUACUCUCAAGAGCUCCAAGAUGCAAAGGGCACGACCCACAUCUGUCAACUGUGCCGCCCGGGUACAUUCCAAAAAUCAGGAGCAUCCACAAGCUGUGAACCAUGCAGCGAAGGCAAUUACCAAGACGAGGAGGGUGCGCUCGACUGCAAGCGCUGUCCAAUGGGCCGCUUCCAAGAUGAGAAGGGCAAGUCAGUUUGCAACUUCUGUGGGAAUGGCACGACGACCCUUGGACUGGGCUCCUUGUCAGAGCAGGAGUGUGGCUGCCUCCCUGGCACCAUCAACGUGGGCCACAACUCCUCUUGCCAAGCUUGUCCAGAAGGUUUGAGCUGCCCCGUUUUGUCGACGGUGUCGAGCUUACUGAAUGGCUCCACCAUUGCCCACGAGCUCACGCCACAGAUCCGUGCAGGUUAUUUCAGCAGCAUGGAGGAGCCACUAGAGAUCUUCAAGUGCAUCCCAGCGUCGCACUGUCCGGGGGGACCUCCCAACACCUGCUUGGGAGGUCUUUCAGCUCUACCCUGUGCAGCGUGCGGGGAAAGAGAGUACUUUGAUGGUGAGGAGUGUGUGAUCUGCGUGUCCUCGCGGAAGGACAUCUUCGUUUUGGGCUUUGUGGCCGGCCUUGUCGGGCUGGUGCUGGCGUACUACCUGCUCAACUCGCCCAUGUCCGCAAAGGCGUCUGUAAUGCUAACGACGACCACUGCAAUGGGCAUGAUGGUGAUGACUCUACAAAAAGUAGGUGUCAUUGGAAACAUGACCGUGGACUUUCCGUUCAACGUACAGGACCUCCUUCAAGCACUUCAAGUGUUUAUCCUGGAUCUGGACUUGAUGGGCUUCCCGUGCGUGGCGAGUCCUGAUCCGGUUCGCCGGUACCUGGCCACAGUGAUGGUCUUCCCUGCCGUUGUGGUGGGCAUCCUCUUUUGUCUUGCCUUGUCAAAGUUUUUGCCGAAGAAGUGGCGCUGGUCGGCCUCAAAGUCCCUGAAUCUCAUCGGGCAAUUCUUGCAGAUAGGUUACACCACUAUGAGUGUAACCGCCAUGGUACCGAUGACCUGUUACAGUCAUCCAAAUGGCCGUCACAGCUUGCUCAAGUUCCCUGAUGUGUUCUGUGGGACUUCGGAGCACUCUACGAUGCUUGCAUUUGGUGUCGCGUUGCUGGCUUUCGGCGUUCUGGGCUUUCUUUGCCUGUGCGCAUGGGCAGCCAUCCAGGUGCCGCUUUGGAGCUCCCAAGGCCUCUCUGAGAGAGUCAGCGCCUUUCGCUUCCUGCUUGCGCGAUUCCGCCUGGACGGCUGGUGGUAUGGGGUCCCACUGCUGGUGCGCGGCUCCCUGCUCAACCUGCCAGUCGUCCUGGCUACAGACUACCCCCCUGUUCAGAUCGUGUCCAUGUCCGUCAUCCUUGUCGUCUUCAUGAUUGUGCAAACCACGUUCUGGCCAUGGAAGCCUCCACUCAUCAAUGCUUUGGACUGCUGGAUCUCCGCGUGCGUCAUCCUUCUCGUGGUGUCCGCUGCAAUGGGUCUCCCGGAGCUUUCAGACGACAUGCUCAGCUUCCGCGACAUCUUUACCAUGUUGGUCAUUGUGCUUCUCUUUGGCUCUGUGCUCUUCACACUGGGCUGCGUUGGCGUCUCCCUGCUGUUACGGUCCCUGGGCAUCCAGGAGAUAAUCCUCACCCUCGGACCCAUCCCGCAGGCGCAGCGCGUAGCGCAGGCAUUGCAGAGUAUUAGCGCGGAGCUUUCUGAGGCAGACGCGGCUGAGAUCAAGUCUCGCGUCGAGGACCUGGCAGUGUACGACGUGACGCAGAUCUCUCGUUGCAUUACGGUGGUCGCGAAGGAGGUGCUUUGCACCGACAGCCCCGCCUUUGACUUCACACGCCGAGUCAGUGCAAAGUCUUUCGAGCCUGGACGAAAAGGUUCAGUCAAAAAGGAAGACCAAAAAGUCCAAGCAACAGGCUCCGAAGACUUUGUCGGCAUCGCACCCACAGAAUCCUGCCCAAUGGAGCAGGAAGGCGCAGAUCUGGAAGCCGCAGCGCUGGUGGGUGAGACGAUCGAAGAGGUCGAAUCAUCCUUGAGUGCCCAGGACGCAGACCAACAGCUGCCGGGCGACUGUGACGAAGUCUCGAGCACCUUGGACAGCACACCGCGCAGAACUCGCCUGAGUCUAUAG